CAAGUAAGUGGAGGUGAUGAGGAUACUGAUGGAACUACCCUAUCACAAGGAAAAAUAGAAAAAUGGCUGAAAGAAGGUGAAGUUGAGCUAGAAAUCACUCGUAUCAAUAUGCAUGGUGCACCUGGAGCUGGUAAAACAUGCACACAGCACCUCCUACUUAAUGAGCCACCACCUGCACCUCCUGAUGAACUCACUGAUAGUACACCAAUAGCUUGUCCUGCUGUUAAAGCAACACGAAUAUCCAUUGAUGGUAAAAAUAAGAAGUGGGAGAAGGUUAAACAAGAAGAUUUACUUAACCAGCUAGCAUCUUGUUUAAAUGAAGCACCAAAUGAAACAGAGCAUAAAAAAGAAGCACCAAUGCCUGCAAGUCCUGUAUCUGUUCGUUCAGAGCAUUCUUCACUGGAAGCAGAACUGCCUGAAAAGAAACCAAUUGAGGAGGAACCACUUGAGAAGAAACCAACCGAUAUGGAAGUAAUUAACGAUAUAGUAAUUGCUCUUGAAGCAGGAAAGUUAAAAAAAUUAAGCACAAAUUGGGUUUAUUUUAUUGAUUCUGGUGGUCAACCAGCAUAUCGAGAGUUACUACCUCUUUUUACAAGAGCAGCUGCACUGAAUAUCAUCACCAUUGAUCUUACCAAAGGUCUUGAUGAGAAGUGUGAGUUUCAAUAUCGUAUCAGUCAAUUAGAGUAUCCUAUUAAUAUAAAUCAGAGUUAUUCUAAUCGUGAUAUAAUCCAAUCAACAGUUAGCUCCGGAGCUAUGUUUAAUCCCAUCGAAAUUCCUUAUCUCUCUGAGUCUGACAAAAAAAAAAAAUCCACCCUCGCUAUUUCGUACUUGGCACACGUAAAGAUAAGUUGGAAAAGAAUGGCACACUAGAUGAGCUGGAAAAAAUGAAUAAAGUGCUGCUUGAAGAAUAUAAAGCUAAUAUAAAAGUCAUUAGGAAUCGUCAGGAUCACGACAAUAUUAUAUAUCCAGUUAACACAAUGCUCAAAGGACCAGAAAGAGAAGAAGCUAGUGUAGCUCUUUGUACAAAAAUUUCAAGUUUUAGAGUUGCCAUGAGAAUUUGUAUACCAAUUCGCCUGUUUGUUUUUGAGAUUUCUCUACAAAGAGAAGCUAAGCAAAAGGGACGAAGCUUCCUUACAAAAGAAGAAGUUAAGGAAAUUGGUAAGUCUCUCCGACUUAAUGAAGAAUCAGAUAUUGAAAAAGCUCUGCAAUAUUUACACAAUGUCACUAUCAUUCUUUAUUAUCCUGGCAUCUUAUCAAAUAUAAUAUUUGUUGAUCCUGAACCGAUUCUUGAUGUCCUUUCACUUCUAAUAGCUAGCACAUACACCGACCAUACAGAAACAUAUGACUUGAGAAUAUUGGGCCUCUUUAAUGAAGAUCUUUUACAACUUUUUGGUAAAAAAAUAUUUGAACAUGCUGAUUUUACAUCGUCUCACAUGAUUACUCUUCUAUUGCAUCUCCACAUCAUUGCUAAAGUGGAAAAUAGAGAAGAAGGAGACUAUUUUUUUCCAUGUGCAUUACCAUCUCAUGGUGAGCUUAAAGCCCCUCCAACAGAAAUACAACCACUUCUCAUAACAUGGAAAAUCAAAAAAAGAGAUGAAACAACUCUAGCCAUUCCUCAAGGAUUAUUUCCCUUAACCAUUGUACACCUUUUAGAGAAAAAAGACGACAUACGCUUCAGUCCAGUCAAUGAAGAAUAUUACAGAUGUAACAAUGCAAUGUCACUUCGUGUUUUUGAAGAAUACCACAUUGAUAUCAUCAAUCGCUAUACACAUCUUGAAAUACGUGUUCGUGGUCAUUGUAGGGGCAUUUGUCCACAAAUUCGUGAACUAGUCUCAAAAGCUGUUGAAGAUAGCAGUAAAGAUCUCAAACUUAAAGAAGAUAAUAAGUUUGUUUUUGCUUUCAAAUGUCCCCCCAGAAAUACUUGCAUCGUUCAGGAAGAUAAAUGUUCUACCUUGUGCACUCUUUGUGAAGACCAAUGUGAUGUACUACAAGGUGAUGACGAUAGCUACAGAUGUUGGUUUAGUGAUCAUCAAUCAUCCAGUCCAGGAGCUGCUGAGACUGGCAUGAUAAGAAAAAGAACACAUAGUAUGAAAGGAGCUGAACCAUCAUUAGAAGGUCCACCUACUAAGAGACACAAAGGGCAGUUAGAUAUCAACUGUCUUGUUCAUAUACUUGAUUUACUAAAGAAGCAUGGGUAUUCUGGUGUCAGUUAUAAUGAUCUUGGCCUUCAUCUGGGACUGCUCCCUGCUACACUUGAUGUUAUUGAGGCUAAUAACAAAGGAGAUGUUUGUACCUGCUUAAAAGAGUGUUUAAAAAAAUGGCUGCAACAAGCUGAUGAUGUAAAAAGUAAAGGUGGUCCAACUUAUGAUACAUUAAUAGAAGCAUUGAGGGAGAUAGGAGAGAAUGCUGUAGCUGAUGGGAUUGAUAGAGAUAUCAAUAGUAAAGAAUGAGUUUACUAAUAAUGAUCAUUUUUUACAUUUUAUCAUAGCAAAUUAAAGAAUGAGAUAGUUUCACUCCUCAAGGAUUUAUAUGGCACACAUUACUAUACACACAAACAAUUUUUGGCAUUAAUAGAUGUAAUGUUUUAAUUAUAGUU